GAGUCUUCCAGCCGUCAAUCAUCAAAGUUGUGUCACCGGUGCGAGGAGGAAGGAUAAGGAACUCCCGAUGACAGAAUCUAAACUCUAAACUGGAAUAAACCUCGUUUGUCCUCAAGUUAUUAGUGAACAUUUCGCUUAAAAAAGUGAAGUAAUCAACGGCGGGCUUGUAGCCUAUUAAUCAUUGGACGAUACGUCUACGGAUAGUUUGUACGCUACCUUUUACAGCACCGAUGUCAGAUGCGCCAUCUCCAUGCGCGACAGGAUUGCAGUUUUCUGAAGGAGAGUUUUCGUUUUUUGGGGGGGGUGACGACUUGGAGACAAUUAACUUCAUGAUGAGAGAACGAACCUGGAUUUAGGAUUCAAAGACAAGGUUGCUGCCGCACCCCUCCCCCUCUGUGUCCCAUUGGCUGCUGUUCCCCAGGGGGUGGGACUCAGUAUGGGUUAAGAGCUGUGAGGCCAGACUGAGAGGACAGUGAAGCCUGACACACUCCACCCGCCACACAGGUGGCUAGAGAUCAGAGGUCGUAGCUAGAGGUCAUGGCGGGCCUGAGGAGAAAGCUGAAGUUUCUGGUGACGUUGAUGACGGUCAAUCUCUUCAUCUUCAUCCUAGUGUUCCACGGAGGAGGAGGAGGACAGGACAAGGGACACAACAAGGUCCUUUUCCCCUCCAAGCGCUUCUGGUCCAAACUGGCUCCUAGUCAGGCCUACUGGAACCGCCAGCAACAGAGACUGGACCUCCAACACAACCCCAUCCUCGCCUCCUCCAAUAGUAACAACACUAGCAAUGAUGAUGUCAGACCUGUCCCUGAUUGGCUCAACGACACGGGGCUGAACCCUGACCCCUGCCAACCGGACUACAGAGUCACCACUCACGUGAAAGACUACAAUUCCCUACCUCCUCGUUUUAAAGACUUCCUGCUCUACAUGCGCUGUCGGUCGUACCCUCUAGUGGUGGACCAGCCUCACGUCUGCCAAAAGACCCGGAGAGGGGAGCCGCCCUUCCUCCUACUGGCCGUCAAAUCCCUCGCUCCUCACUUUGACCGCCGCCAGGCCAUCCGCCAGUCGUGGGGUCGAGCCGGCGUCCUCGCCAACCGGACGGUUGUCACGGUGUUCCUGCUCGGCAACACCACGGCCGUGGACCACCACCCAGAUCUGUCGGAGAUGCUGCGCUAUGAGAACACUCACCACCGCGACAUCCUGCAGUGGGACUACCGGGACUCGUUCUUCAACCUGACCGUCAAGGAGGUGCUCUUCCUGGACUGGAUGACCACACGCUGCCCUGGAGCUCAGUUCGUCUUUAAAGGGGACGAUGACGUCUUUGUCAAUACGUUGAGGAUCCUGGCCUUCCUCAAGGGCCUCACGGGGCCCCGGGCAAGGGACCUGUUUGUAGGGGAUGUGAUCACCAACGCGGGGCCAAACAGGGAUAAAAAGGUGAAGUACUUCAUCCCAGAGAGUUUGUUCGUUGGCAAGUACCCGCCAUACGCGGGCGGAGGGGGGUAUCUGUACUCCGGGGACCUGGCCAGGCGGCUGCACGGAGCCUCGCAGCACGUACCUCUCUACCCCAUUGACGACGUCUACACAGGGAUGUGUCUGAGGAAACUGGGGCUGGGGCCGGAGAAACAUAAAGGCUUCAAGACGUUUGACAUUGAGGAGAAGUACAGGAGGAACCCGUGUGCCUAUAAGGGUCUGAUGCUGGUACACAGCCGGACACCGCAGGAGAUGAUCCAGAUCUGGGCCUGGCUCAACGACCCCAACUUGACCUGUCAGUAACUUCCCAGCCCGUCUCCAUUUUGACUUCAGAAACCGGGGACAACAGGUGUCGGUGGCCAUUUUUUGAUUUGAGCUGUCAGUAACCAGGGAAGACAGGUGACUUAAACUGUCGGUAACUGCCUGGACCAGACACCACGACAGGCGGCCAUUUUGUUAUGCUGGUUGUUAUAGUAACGCUGUGAGAGGUCAGUGGCCAUUGUUUUGUGACACUUGGUAGGGUUGUUACAUUCUAAAGGUCAGACACAAUGUUGAGACUUUAUUUUUAUUUCAUUUUUUAGGGAAGGAUUAUUACUCUUGGAGGAUCCGUCGAACAUUGGCAGCUUUAAUGUUGUUAUUAUCAUGUUUGUUGAUGCUAGUUAACCGUCUUCAAAAUUGAAUCUUGGAUGAACAUUUCGGGUUUUGAAUCACAAGAUAAAGAGGGCGUGACUCUGUGAUGGCGGUACGAUGGCAGACCAACGUGUCUCUGAGCUUUCUAAAUGGUCGUCAUGGCGUUAUGAGGGUCAACGUGUCUCUGAGCUUUCUAAAUGGUCGUCAUGGCGUUCUGAUGGUCAACGUGUCUCUGAGCUUUCUAAAUGGUCGUCAUGACGUUAUGAGGGUCAACGUGUCUCUGAGCUUUCUAAAUGGUCGUCAUGGCGUUAUGAUGGUCAAGUCUGAUGGAUCUUUCAUGAUUCCCUGCUGUGUGUCUGACAGCACAAAGAGUCUGUACCAUGUUGUAUUAUGAGGAGUUGGAGACAGAGGAGUCUGAUCCCAGAUCUGUUUUGGUGUGAAAAUGACCCUAAGAGUUGGCACAAACUGAUCUGGAAGCUAGGCUAAUGGAUGAGUUCUCAGCUGGUCUGGGCCGUGCUAGAUAAAGAUGUUUGGUCGUUCUGUUGGAGAAUGUAACUUGGGAAUGUAAAUAAAAUAAAAAAGAGCACAUGUUGAACUUUAAAAACAAACCCGUUUCCCUGAAGAGAUCUGACUGAUGGACCUUAAUGAUGACACUUUAACACUGUGUCUGACUGAUGGACCUUAAUGAUGACACUUUAACACUGUGUCUGACUGAUGGACCUUAAUGAUGACACUUUAACACUGUGUCUGACUGAUGGACCUUAAUGAUGACACUUUAACACUGUGUCUGACUGAUGGACCUUAAUGAUGACACUUUAACACUGUGUCUGACUGAUGGACCUUAAUGAUGACACUUUAACACUGUGUCUGACUGAUGGACCUUAAUGAUGACACUUUAACACUGUGUCUGACUGAUGGACCUUAAUGAUGACACUUUAACACUGUGUGUCUGACUGAUGGACCUUAAUGAUGACACUUUAACACUGUGUGUCUGACUGCACAAAGAGCUUUCAAAAUGCUGUAAAACAGUGACUAUAGUAAGUGCCAAAUAAACUAACAGGGUUGACUGUAACAGGGUUGACUGUAACAGGGUUGACUGUAACAGGGUUGACUGUAACAGGGUUGACGAGUUCAUGUUAAAUCAGCCAUAAAUCUCUUUGUGACGAGGGGGAAUGGAAGAUUGUUGUGUGCGACAGGGAGGGCUUCUUUUUUUAAAAUCUAUAUAUUUCUGGGUAACAUGUAACGUGUUCUGCUCAACCCGCCUCAGGUUUCCACCACAAAACAUCAGAAAAUGUACCAAAAGAGCAGAACCAGCUCACCUGCUUUUACACUGAUUUGACUGUUCGAUGUCCAAUGUUGCUUUUGGAAAAAAUAAUAUUUAAGAAGGAAUAGUUUCAACAUUAUUUAAACGAGGGUUCAGUUCAUGUAACAGGGUUGACCUAUAAAAUCAGGGACAGGUUUUUUAUUUUAUUUUAACCUUUAAAAUAAUUCACUAAUCAUAUUAAAUGAAUUAAUCUCUAUAAAUGACUUUGUGAAAGCAACAAAAGUAACUAGGUCUUUACAACGUUGGUGAAAACCUUUUGGGGUUGAAGUGUCCGGCAACAGUUGCUACAUCCAGUAACUGAUAAAUACCUCAUGAGCUCAACUGUCACCACAUCAGUCCUUCCAUCCACAGCCCUGUCUGGUUCUUCAGCCCAGUCCCUCAGCUUUUCACCAAAACAGGGGCGGGGAGUUAAUUUAUAUAUAUAUUUUUUUUUACUGCUGAUUGCAGCUUUAAGUGGGUUAGAAUCUAGCCAAAAUAGUGACUUUUUAUGUCACUGUAGCAAGUCUUUUCAUAUUAAAAGUCUGAUUCUGUGGUCUAUAUUAAAGGAACUGUUAAAAUAGAGUUUUGGUGGACAGUUGUAACUGAAACAUCGAAGGGAUGCAGAAGAAACUCUGUUCAGCGUUGCUUCAGGGCCUCCUUGUGAGCCGGACAUCUUCAUUUAACAACGAUACCGUCAAGCUGAACUGGCUGGUUUAUAGCAUAUUUUCACAAAGACAACUAUCAUCCCCCCCCCCCCCCCCCCCUCCACAAACUAUAAACAAAGAUAAAGCUGGAACCGUAACCAAGGCGGUUGGCUCGUGGGUCAUUCAUGUUCUGUAACGGUGUUUACAGCCAGAUCAGAGAAAUACAGUUUUAUUUAUCCACAAUCAUUACUGUUCUUGUCAGAUGGUAAAAAAAAAUGUCAAAGGUCAAAUCCAGUUUGUUCUAGUCCACCGCUGCCUUAAAAGUUUAUAGGAACACGAGUGUUAAGACGCUACAAGAUUUACUUCAGUUUAUGUCCGAGAAUUUCCAUUAUUGAAAUGUUGAUGUAAGUAACAUUUUGAUCUCCUCGCAGUGAUCUGCAUCUAGGACGAUCUAGGACGAUCUAGGACGAUCUAGGACGAUCUAGGACGAUCUAGGACGAUCUAGCCCAAAGAGCUGUAUGUUUCUAUAAGGUGUUUAUUUAUCAACCAAUGUAUUCAUCAACUGUCUGCUCAACUUCUUAUUGGGUGACAAUUAUAGUACAUUUUUGUUUUUGUGUAUUUUACUGUUGAAAGAAAUGGAUGUUGAAUAAGUUACAUAUAUACACUGUGCCCAGGUCAGGAAUGACUCGCGUCAAUUAAUAUAUCUAUAUGCUGUACGUAGUGGGGUGUUGUGCCGGGAAGACAGGCUGUACGUAGUGGGGUGUUGUGCCGGGAAGACAGGCUGUACGUAGAGGGGUGUUGUGCCGGGAAGACAGGCUGUACGUAGUGGGGUGUUGUGCCGGGAAGACAGGCUGUACGUAGAGGGGUGUUGUGCCGGGAAGACAGGCUGUACGUAGAGGGGUGUUGUGAAGGGAAGACAGGCUGUACGUAGAGGGGUGUUGUGAAGGGAAGACAGGCUGUACGUAGAGGGGUGUUGUGCCGGGAAGACAGGCUGUACGUAGAGGGGUGUUGUGCCGGGAAGACAGGCUGUACGUAGAGGGGUGUUGUGCCGGGAAGACAGGCUGUACGUAGAGGGGUGUUGUGCCGGGAAGACAGGCUGUACGUAGUGGGGUGUUGUGCCGGGAAGACAGGCUGUACGUAGUGGGGUGUUGUGCCGGGAAGACAGGCUGUACGUAGAGGGGUGUUGUGCCGGGAAGACAGGCUGUACGUAGAGGGGUGUUGUGCCGGGAAGACAGGCUGUACGUAGUGGGGUGUUGUGUCGGGAAGACAGGCUGUACGUAGUGGGGUGUUGUGCCGGGAAGACAGGCUGUACGUAGUGGGGUGUUGUGCCGGGAAGACAGGCUGUACGUAGUGGGGUGUUGUGAAGGGAAGACAGGCUGUACGUAGUGGGGUGUUGUGCCGGGAAGACAGGCUGUACGUAGAGGGGUGUUGUGCCGGGAAGACAGGCUGUACGUAGAGGGGCGUUGUGAAGGGAAGACAGGCUGUACGUUGAGGGGUGUUGUGCCGGGAAGACAGGCUGUACGUAGAGUGGUGUUGUGCCGGGAAGACAGGCUGUACGUAGAGGGGCAGGAAAACCAGUCAUUGUCUCUGUCUUAAUAAUAAUAUUUGUAACAUGCAAAUACACAUCUGAGCCUCAUUCAGUCUGCAGUUGAAAACGUUGUGGAGCGUUGCAGACAUAAAUAUCAUGAAUAGAGCUUUGUGAUUCCUCAUCCUGCAGGUCAGAGAGGCAUGUUAGUUCUACAAAAAAAAUAUAUCUGAACAUUCCACAACAGUGUGCUCUGCUGAACGCAGCCCUGUUGUUUACAAUUAAUCUGCCACAUUGAUAAUGAUCCAUUCCCCCUGGGGGGGGGGGGCCUCUGUGAGGGCAGGGCCUCUGCUUCAAAGAGGGCGGAAGUCAGUCUCCAAAGACCUCUCUGUUAGACUGUCCAAUGUGUACAAUAAAAGAGUUGGUGCUGUUUUAUUGAAAACAGUGAAUCUGAUCAACCGUUUUAUGUUCAGUUUGCAGCAAAACAAAUCUUAACCCCGAUUUCAUUGCAACCUCGUAGAGAUACGCCUCCAUAAUUCUGCUAGAACCAAUGAAAUGACUCCCCUGUUUGCCUGGGUCAGUGUACAGGGCCGUAUUCCUCUAGUCCUGAGAUCCUGUUGAAUUCUUCCUUCAGUCCUUUCUUGGUGAUUUACAUCUGGUCUGUCGUGUGGUUGUUUUCUCUCCAUCACAUCUCUGUCAACAGACCCUGUCAAAUCAGAACAAUUAUUAUGGAAGGAAGGAAGGAAGGAGGCAUUUGUAGAAAAUAUAACCGGGCUGAAUAUCUGGUACAGCCUAAUGGUGCUGAGUUCUCUCUGAACUGUACUGGUCCAAUAACUUUUGGAACGUAAACCUAAAUUGUUCAAAGCUAUUUUCAAUGGUGUACCCAAAUGAACACGCCUCAGAAGUGUAAGCUAAGAAGCUCACAAAUGAGUUUUUCCUAGGAGAUUUUGGGGCGUGAUACUAGUUAUUCCAGCCAUAAAGUCGUUAACCUUGUCCAUUUCUUCAAUUCAUCUUCUUAAAAUGUUAUUUUAAACCUUCACCACACUGCUAACCUUAUGCCUAACCUUAACCACACUGCUAACCUUAUGCCUAACCGUAACCACACUGCUAACCUUAUGCCUAACCUUAAAUUAACACCAAAAAAUAAAAAUGUUAUUUUGAUGAAUUUUUACGAUCUAGACCAUUGACUUUGACUCCGUAAAAAUCUCCUAGGGAAAACAAAUAUGCAAGCAGCUCUCAUGUCCUGUGAGGGUCAUUUGAAUUCCUGUUUCCCUGGCGUUCAGUGGGACUUACUGUAGGUCUCAGCACCAGUCAAACCAAAAACAGUGACAGGAUGUCGCCCACGCAUGUCCUGUCAGGUGGUUAGAGUAGGGUGGAGAAUGUUUACAUGUGUAAAUGUAUACAUAAUGUAUAUUAUUUAUAAUCCUGAUUUAAAAACAUUUUAUUUUGUAUUUUUUUAAGUCUAUGCUAUGCCGGUAUGAUUCGAGCUACUGCAUUAGGCUUUCAGUAUAUCACAUUGUUAUUUAUCUGACUGAGGCUGAAAUUCAGGCACUUGGUGACUUCCUGUUAAUAUCUCUUCUGUUAUGUCUAAUAUCGCCUCUGUUUCUCGUCUCGCAUCUCUUUGGUCACUUGUCCGGUUUUUCCAAGGCCUUGAUGAAAGAUGAACAUUAAUUCAUUCUCCUCAUUUCUGUUUGAAUGUCAAAUAUUCCUCUAUUGCGACACAACUGAACAAAAUAUAUAAACGCAACAUGUAAACACAAAAAUCCGUUAGGCGGCUUUUGGUAGAGAUAUUCAAUUCUCGUGCAACAGCUGUGGUGGACAUUCCUGCAGUCACCAUGCCAAUUGCACACUCCCUCAUAACUUGAGACAUCUGUGACAUUGUGUUGUGUGACAAAACCGCACAUUUUAUAGUAGCCUUUUAUUGUCCCCAGCACAAGGUGCACAUGUGUAAUGAUGAUGCUGAUUUAAUCAGCUUCUUGAUAUGUCACACCUGCCAGCUGGAUGGAUUACCUUGGCAAAGGACAAAUACUCACUAACAGGGAUGUAAAUGAAUUUGUGCACAAAAUGAGAGAAGCUUUUUGUGCGUAUGGAACAUUUCAGGGAUCUUUUAUUUCAGCUCAUGAAACAUGGCACCAAUACUUUACAUGUUGCAUUUAUAUUUUUGUUCUGUAUACAUAUUGGUACUCUAGAGUGUUGUCUAUUUUCAAUGGUCCAAACCCUUGAUUCCCUUGGUUAUGAAACAUUACAAAAUCAUCAAUCCCAUUAUUGUUGAUGUCCUCUCUCCUGACCAUAACAUUCCUGUAAUCUGUUGGAAUUGUGUAUGACUUAGUGUUGCAAAAUUCCAGUAACUUUUUUUCCCAAAUUCCCAUAUUCUCUAGAAAUCCAGGUUGGAGGGAACAAGGAAGAAAUCUAGCAUUUUCCAACCAGGAUUCCUGGAAAGUUACCCGGGAAUAUGGGGAAAGUUACCCGGGAAUAUGGGGAAAGUUACCCGGGAAUAUGGGGAAAGUUACCCGGGAAUAUGGGGAAAGUUACCCGGGAAUAUGGGGAAAGUUACCCGGGAAUAUGGGGAAAGUUACCCGGGAAUAUGGGGAAAGUUACCCGGGAAUAUGGGGAAAGUUACCCGGGAAUAUGGGGAAAGUUACCCGGGAAUAUGGGGAAAGUUACCCGGGAAUAUGGGGAAAGUUACCCGGGAAUAUGGGGAAAGUUACCCGGGAAUAUGGGGAAAGUUACCCGGGAAUAUGGGGAAAGUUACCCGGGAAUAUGGGGAAAGUUACCCGGGAAUAUGGGGAAAGUUACCCGGGAAUAUGGGGAAAGUUACCCGAAAUGUUUAUUUUUAUUAUAAAACAUGUUUUGCAACACGACGAGUUGAUUUGGACGCAUUCUGCACAGUGGAUAUAUGUAUAUAUUAUAUACCAACACAUGCCUUUUGUUUCUCCUUACCCAUUUAAGUCAGUUUGAUGUGUUUUCCACCUGUGGUUUCUCAGAGCUGUGCCAUGUGUGGUUCUGUUGCUAUGACUAGAUUAUUAUUAUUAUUUCCAAUAAAGAAUAUUUUGCUGUUUUUCUA